CGGGGUGGAAGAUGCAUUGAUUGGUUAUUUUAAGCAGGGAAGUUUGCCGGCGUGGUAGGCGAUCUUACUCACGUUGGUGUCUCCGUACGCUCCCGUUAACCUUCCCGCUUCUGCGCAGCUCGACCCGGCCACAGCUAUCCAGUCUGCCCCCCUGUGUGUCUAUUCGCCCCUUGAGAGCAGCAUGUCUGAUUACGGCGGUCUGCCAUCUAACGGAGUCGGCGCUGGGAUGAAAAAAGACGCUUUUGCAGAUGCCGUACAACGAGCCAGACAGAUUGCAGCUAAAAUCGGUGGAGACGGUGUUCCCCCAGUGACCAACAACGGAGGAGCUGAGAGCUAUCCAUUCACAGCACAGAAACGAUCCCUGGAAGAAGCAGAUGAACCCGAUGCCAAGAAGGUAGCAUCCCAGAGUGAGAGAGAUUCAGCAAUGUCUAUUGGAGCUCAGCUAGCUGCUCUGUCCCAACAAAGUGUCAGGCCCUCCACAAUGACAGAAGAGUACAGGGUGCCUGAUGGCAUGGUCGGUCUCAUCAUCGGCAGAGGAGGCGAACAGAUUAACAAAAUACAGCAGGAUUCUGGCUGCAAGGUCCAAAUUGCUCAUGACAGUGCUGGUCUUCCAGAAAGAAGUGUUUCUCUGACAGGAUCACCAGAUGCCAUCCAGAGAGCAAAGGCUCUUAUAGAUGACAUUGUGUCCAGGGGUCACGAGUCAACCAAUGGUCAGUCAGGUUCAAUGCAAGAGAUGAUCAUUCCUGCAGGGAAGGCUGGUCUUAUUAUCGGCAAAGGAGGAGAGACCAUCAAACAGCUGCAGGAACGAGCCGGAGUUAAAAUGAUUCUUAUUCAAGAUGGAUCUCAGCCACCCAACAUAGAUAAACCUCUACGCAUUAUUGGAGACCCCUACAAAGUGCAGCAAGCAAAGGAGAUGGUUAAUGAGAUUCUACGAGAAAGAGAUCAUGCUGGUUUCGGAGAGAGGAACGAAUAUGGAUCAAGAAUGGGAGGAGGAGGUGGUGGCAUUGAUAUAGCUGUACCCCGACACUCUGUGGGAGUUGUGAUUGGUCGCAAUGGGGAGAUGAUCAAGAAGAUCCAGAGCGAUGCUGGAGUGAAAAUACAGUUUAAACCAGAUGACGGAACGGGUCCUGAGAAGAUCGCUCAUAUUAUGGGUCCACCAGACCAGUGUCAGCAUGCGGCCUCCAUCAUCACUGACCUGCUACAGAGCAUCCGAGCCCGAGAGGAGGGUGGUCAGGGUCCUCCAGGUCCUGGUGCAGGAAUGCCGCCUGGCGGUAGAGGGCGAGGUAGAGGUCAGGGCAGCUGGGGUCCUCCAGGAGGAGAGAUGACCUUCUCCAUCCCUGCUCACAAAUGUGGGCUUGUAAUUGGCAGAGGAGGAGAGAAUGUCAAGGCCAUCAACCAACAAACUGGUGCGUUUGUGGAGAUAUCUCGUCAGCUUCCACCUAACGGUGACCCAAACUUCAAACUUUUCAUCAUCCGAGGGUCUCCACAACAGAUUGAUCACGCAAAGCAGCUUAUAGAAGAGAAAAUAGAGGCUCCAUUGUGUCCAGUGGGUGGUGGUCCUGGUCCAGGAGGCCCAGGUGGUCCAAUGGGUCCCUACAAUCCUAACCCCUAUAAUGCAGGGCCUCCUGGUGGUGCUCCCCAUGGAGCUUCACCUGGUGGUCCUCAGUACUGUCCCCAGGGUUGGGGAAAUACCUACCAGCAGUGGCAAGCCCCAAAUCCACAUGACCCCAAUAAGGCAGCGGCAGACCCCAACGCAGCAUGGGCAGCCUACUAUGCACAAUAUUAUGGGCAGCAGCCAGGGGGCGCCAUGCCAGCCCAGGCUCCUGGGGCCCCUGCAGCAGCACCAGGGGACCAGAGCCAUGCAGCACAGACCUCUGGGGGCCAGCCAGACUACACUAAGGCAUGGGAGGAGUAUUAUAAGAAGAUGGGCAUGAACCAGCCAGCUGGAGGUGCAGCUGCUGCUCCAGGUACAGCAGCAGCCCCCACAGCGGCGGCAGCAGGAGGAGGAGCUGCAGCUGGAGGCCAGCCGGACUAUAGUGCAGCCUGGGCUGAGUACUACAGACAGCAGGCUGCCUACUAUGGACAAGCAGGCCAGGCUCCUGGACAGGCAGCUGCUCCACAGCAGGGACAACAGGCGCAGUAAAUGAGUGACUUGGUCUUUUGGACAGAUGUGGGGGAUCUCUGGACUUGUUUGUUUUUUCCUUUUUUGGCUUUAAUAAGACAAGACCAUGGUGUACUCACCCCACCAGACAUUUUCUAUACAACCUUCAUAUUUGUAUUUUAAAUUCAAAAUCAAAGAAAGAAAAGGGAACACAUUUUGCCCAUGCAUUGAACAAAGCACUAUAAACAACCCGGGUUACCCAUUCAGUUUUCCUCUUCACUUCACCUACGCCUUGUAAUGAUUGUUUGAGUUGUUUUUUUAAAAAAUGUGAAAUAAUAAGCAUCUUUGCUUGCAAGCUAGCACAACAGCAUCUCAACACUGACUCACAUUUCAUUAGUUUUCCCCUUUGGUUUCCUGAGGGUAUAAACUGUCUAGCAGUAUUUUGAAUAUAUUAAAAAAAAUGUUUAUAUGAAAGAAAACCGUAAAGUUUUUGGUCCAUUUUUUUCUUGUUCCUGGUACACUUUUUUUUAAACUUCACUUUUAACAACAUUCCCGGUUUACCUUGCAGGUCUAUUUCUCCCCUGCUGUCUUGAUUUCUCAUUUUUAAUUUUAUUAUUUUGUAAUUAUUUUCCUUAAAAGGGGUCUUGUGUGUCUGUAUACAGUGUAUGCUACUGACUAGGAAAAAUGGAUGUAAGUUGGCUGUAAUAAGGCACUAACUGGUAUGUAAGUUGGUGUAUGUUUGUGUCCUGAUUCCCUUUGGUUUCAUUUCUUCAUCCUUUUACUGUUAAUUUUUUUUUGUUGUUCUAAUAGGUUGUUACUGUAUGUUGAUUUUUUAUGUUAUUUUUUACGGCUUGUUUUUAAAUACUUAAAUAAAAACAUUGAAAUCA